AUGAAUGAAGAAUGGCAGGCUUCUCUGGAAAAACGACUGAUUCAUUAUAUGAGCAUUGAUUCUACGACAGGAAUAGAAGGUUUAGUCCAACCACCGUUUCUUAAAUUUUUCUACUCAACAAAAUCAUUUAUUCAAUCUUGACAAGUGUUUUGACAAAAAAACAGUUGUGCGAAAAAAAUAGUUUUGAAAAAAUUUCCUGUUCCAAAAAAGGGAGUUUAUCUAAAAUUUUAUGAACUUAAAAUUGUAUUACAGAAGAGCUCGGAAAGGUUGUCUGUGAAGAUUUAUCGGCCUUCGGAUUUACGGUCACUCGACAGCUCAUUUCGGAAUCCUCGACGAGGUUCAAUAUCCUGGCUACUUAUAAAGACGCACAGCCAUCUGGUGAAUUACAAAAUGAUUUUAGUUUAAAUAUUAUCCAUUUCAAGACAUCAAAGUUCUUCUCAAUACUCAUCUCGACUCGGUUCCGCCGCACUACAGCGCCACACAAACCAACGAAAUAAUUCAUGGCAGAGGAGCUACUGAUGCAAAAGGCUAGAAAAAAUCUCACCGAAAAAUCACAAAAUCCCCAUUUCAACAGGCGCCUUGGCAUGUCUAAUGACAGCUGCCUUCAUAAUUUCUAAAAAAGAUGAAAUUCUGGCGAAAAAGAUUGGGCUCUUAAUUGUCGUUGGUGAAGAAACGGACCACAUCGGGAUGCAGGCAAAAAUCAGAAUAGUUCGAGAACUUUGUGAAAGUUUUUCCAGGUAGCCAACAAGCUAAACCUUCGACCAACACACAUCAUUGUCGGUGAGCCGACGGAGCUAAAAUUUGGAACGAUUCAGAAAGGAGCUUUCAAAGUGAGUUUGUAGCUGGAUAAAUGAAACAUUCGAAAAACGUUCAGUGUCGCUUGAGCGUGAAAGGAAAAGCUGGGCAUUCUGGAUACCUGGACUCUGGAAUCAGCGCAAUUCACGGUCUUCUAGCGGUUCUCAACGAUAUUAUGAACUGUGCUUGGCCUUCUGACGAGAGAUUUGGUGAGGGAAAUCGAGAAACUUGGAAAAUCCUGAAACUCUUACGGCUCCGAGUUAAAUUAUCCUAGUCCUGAAGGAUCAUUGCAAUCUGAGCAGGACGUAUUGAAAAUAAAGAAGACUUAUUUAGAGCUUUGAAAGUUCAUAAAUUCUUAGGCUCUACCACGUACAACGUCGGAAAAAUUAGUGGCGGUCAAGCGCUCAACGCUUGGGCGGAAAAUGCAACUGCAGAACUUUUCUUCAGAAUAACGACUUCAGUGGAAGACGUCAAAGCGACUUUGGCGAAGAUUGUCGAUAGUAAGGGUUUUUGAGAGUCAUUUUGAUUCAAAAAUAUUCUUAGAUCGUGCCUCGAUCGAAUAUUUGAGCUACAACGAGGCUGUCGUCCUUGACACCCCACCAUUUGAGGCAGAGACCACUCAAGUGGCUUUCAACACAGAUUUGCCCUAUUUUGAGGUCCACGAGCAGCUGAAAGGUUUUUUUGUGAAUAAUUUUUUUUCUUAGAAGAAAUUAAAGGGCGCUACCUUUUUGGAGCUGGGUCUAUUAAGAACGCUCACUCGAUGAAUGACUUUGUCCCAAAAAAAGAGCUCUACGACUGCACAGCUACUCUCAUCCGUCUGAUUGAAGACCUUUCCAAAGACUGA